AUGUACAUUCUAAAGGGGUCAGAGUGCUACCUUUUGAUCCGAAAAGACGGGGACUACCACUCAUCAAGACUGGCUGAUGGAAAGGACAUGCAGGCAAACCAGAAUAUGCAGCCCAAGAAGAAGCACAAAAAAGCAGGAUCCUCCAGCAAAGUUAAAGUCGAGCAUUUUAUUCCAACAAUGGAAAUGGACGAUGAUGACAGUUCCUUGAAAGUCCAGAAGAAUUUCAUCUGUGACCACUGCUAUGGAGCUUUCCGGAGUAGCUACCACCUCAAGCGACACAUACUGACACAUACAGGAGAGAAGCCAUUUGCUUGUGAUGCGUGUGAUAUGCGGUUCAUUCAGCGUUACCACCUGGACCGACACAAGAGGGUGCACAGCGGGGAGAAGCCGUACCAGUGUGAUCGCUGCAAUCAGAGCUUCUCACGGACAGACAGGCUGCUGAGACACCGGCGGCUAUGUACAGUGGGGAUGAGCAAAGAAGAGAGCCAGUACGCACAGGAAGCAUCUGCCCAUACAGCUUCCUGGAGCCCCCUACAGCCUUCCAACAACCGCCUGACUGUCUGACCCCCGCUCCACACAGAGACCCUACAGAUAGCAGUCUGCAGCUCAGUAAUGUCGCACAUUGGAGCUCAACAGUACUGUAACGAGAAAACAGCCUAGCUUAUACACAACCAAACUUUACUUUGCCCUCGCCAGCUCCUUCACAGAGCUUGAUAGUGGAUUUUUGUAUUUUUCUUAUCUGCUUUCCUUUCACGAUACAGACACAAAGUGGACGGACUCAUUCACUGGUCUCUGUAUUACGGCAAUAACUAAAUGAGGGGGGGAAAAAAUCAUUUUAUCUAAAAUGUUUCCGGUAUUUUCGGGGGAUUGCUUCUGAGGCAUUGGAUGUAUUUUUGAAUGCAAUGUAUCGUGCAGCAGCUCUUAGGUAUCCUGUUGACACGCAAACAUCCCAGUGCUGCCCUCUACUAUAUAUGGACAGUUCGCUAAAGGACCCGCAUACAUUACUGUUAAUGUUUUAGGGUUUCAUUUCUCUCAUUUUGUGUUCCGAAUGCUUUUCAAGUACCAGCUACUGCUCAUAAGGGAAAGAUAACUGCAGUCCAAUAGUGAAGGUGUUUUGUGACCUGAAAUAAAAUUUGAUGUAAUUUUA